GGCAGGAAGGAGGAAGACCAGGCCUGUGUGGCGCCCUACCCUGGUGCAAGAGUUACCUUUCAGCUGUGGCCGCAAUGGCUGCUCACUGCCGGGGCACAGAGCUCGAUCUCAGCUGGGUCUCCAGAGUUCAAGUGAACCAUGCGGCUGUGCUGAGGCGGGCCGAGCAGAUCCAGGCCCGCCGAAGUGUGAAGAAGGAAUGGCAGGCUGCGUGGCUCCUGAAAGCUGUCACGUUCAUAGACCUCACCACGCUUUCUGGUGAUGACACGUUUUCCAACGUUCAACGGCUCUGUUAUAAAGCCAAAUAUCCAAUCCGGGCAGACCUCUUAAAAGCCUUAAAUAUGCAUGACGAAGGUAUCACCACGGCUGCGGUCUGUGUUUACCCUGCCCGGGUCUGCGAUGCUGUGAAGGCACUGAAGGCCGCAGGCUGCAGGAUCCCUGUGGCAUCAGUGGCCACUGGCUUUCCAGCUGGACAGACUCAUUUAAAGACUCGAUUGGAAGAGGUCAGACUGGCAGUGGAGGACGGAGCUACUGAAAUCGACGUGGUCAUUAACAGGACCUUGGUGCUGACUGGCCAGUGGGAAGCUCUCUACGAUGAGAUCACUCAGUUUCGAAAGGCCUGUGGGGAGGCCCAUCUCAAAACCAUCUUGGCUACGGGAGAGCUCGGCUCUCUCACCAACAUCUACAAAGCCAGCCUGGUAGCAAUGAUGGCGGGAUCAGAUUUUAUUAAGACCUCUACUGGAAAAGAAACAGUAAACGCCACCUUCCCGGUAGCCAUCGUGAUGCUGCGGGCCAUUAGAGAUUUCUUCUGGAAAACUGGAAACAAGGUAGGCUUUAAGCCUGCAGGAGGCAUCCGUACAGCGAAGGAAUCCCUUGUGUGGCUCUCUCUGGUAAAGGAGGAACUGGGGGAUGAGUGGCUGACUCCCGACCUCUUCCGGAUAGGGGCCAGCUCUCUGCUCUCCGACAUCGAGAGACAGAUUUACCAUCACGUGACUGGACGAUAUGCGGCUUAUCACGAUCUUCCAAUGUCUUAGGUCAGCAGCCAGCCCAGAAAAGCAUCUUGCAACAAAUUUUUUUUUAAAAAAUGUUUUUGCAUAAUUGCUAAGGUUAUGUAAUUACAGAGCCAUUAACUGACUCCCCCCCCACUAAAAUCCCCCCUGAAAUCAACUCAGAACAAUAGAGGAAACAAACCAGUCGAAUCUAAAUGUGGAACUCAAAUCAAGAAAGGUUGAAAUGGUCUUCAUUACCAAGAUGUCUGCAUUUAUUAAUUUUGUGAAGAUUUUCUCUGAAAAACUCAGGAAAAAAUGUUUCUACUAACCCGUACUGCAGAAAAUUCUGAAGGGAAAAUGGAGUUAAAUUGCCUGAGACCUGAGAUUCCAGGGCAGGCGGGGCCUGGAGGGAAGGGUGCUUGUUACCAGACCUGACACCCUGUUCCGCUCUCAGUAACUACAGGGUGGACGGGGAGAACGGACACCAAAGAUUGUCCUCGAUGAUCACAUAGCCAUGUCCCCUAUCUCUGACGCAUAAUAAAUAAAUUAAAAAUGGGAUCAAAAUUAAAAUGGGUGCUACAGCAAAGGGACACUCUGCCUCCCUGUGCUGCCUCCCAUUGGAGCCCUGCCCUGGCAUCCACCUGACCUUCUGUGCUGUACAGAACACUCUCAUUAAUUGUUUGCUAACGAGAUUAUGAUGUUGUUGCAAGAAAAUGUGAAUAACACUGAAUUUUAAAUACAAAAA